AUGCCCCCUAAGGAUCGUGGCAGAGGCAAACUGCCAGUUCCUCUCCCAAGAGACAUGAUCCUGAAAGACACCGAAGGAAAAGUCUGGAGGCUGGGCAGCCAGAUCGGCCAGGGAGGAUUUGGCUUAAUUUAUUUAGCUUCCCCUCAAAUUCAUGUUCCUGUAGAAGAUGAUGCAGUGCAUGUAAUUAAAGUGGAAUAUCUUGAAAACGGCCCCUUAUUUUCUGAACUGAAGUUUUACCAGAGGGCUGCAAAGCAAGAGCAUAUAAGAAGAUGGAUGAAUCUCAAAAAAAUAAGAUGUUUAGGAAUUCCAGUGUUUUGGGGAUCGGGCUUGGCUGAGUACAAGGGAAAAAGCUAUAGAUUCAUGGUCAUGGAGCGACUGGGGGAAGACCUUCAAAGAAUCUUUGAAGACUGUGGAAGCAGAUUUAAGAAGGAGACUGUUCUGCAACUUGGGGCACGAAUGUUGGAUACUUUGGAAUACAUACAUGAAAAUGAGUAUGUUCAUGGUGACAUUAAAGCAGCAAAUCUACUUUUGGGCUAUGCCAAUCCACAUGAGGUUUAUCUUGCAGAUUAUGGACUUUCCUACAGAUAUUGUCCCAAUGGGAACCACAAACAGUAUCAGGAAAAUCCUAGGAAGGGCCAUAAUGGGACAAUAGAGUUUACCAGCGUAGAUGCUCACAAGGGAGUAGCCCCAUCCAGACGAGGUGACCUUGAAAUCCUUGGCUACUGCAUGCUGCAAUGGUUAUGUGGGAAGCUGCCCUGGGAACAGAACCUGAAGGACCCUGUAGCUGUCCAGACUGCGAAAACAAAACUUAUGGACGAGCUCCCAGAUUCAGUGAUGGAAUGGGAUUCUUCUGGAAGCAGCUGUAGUGAAAUAUCCAAGUUUUUGGCAUGUGUUUAUGGCUUAGCUUAUGAUGAGAAGCCAAAGUAUCAAGCGCUCAAGAAAAUCCUGCUGGAUGGACUGGAGUCAAGUGGAACUCGCUACGAUGGCCCUCUGGAAUUUUCCGCUACAGCAGGCACACAAAAUCACUGUGCUGCUAAAGUGUCAAAAGGUCGCUUACCGAAGCCUACGCCAAAACCAGUUCAGCAGAAGCAAAAAAUGAUGGAAGGUGAAGAAUACGUCUGUCAAAACAAAGCCUGUACUGGGGUAACUGGGAAACAACUCCAAGAUGAAGAAAAGCCAAGUAAAUUAAACAGGGUGCGUCACCAAACACAGCCUCAGCAGGUUCACUUCCUGAAGCCGUCACCGAAACCAGCUCAACAGACGCAAAACACAGGGAAACGGCCUAGCAGGCCCCACGCUCGGGUAACACGCCGGCAAUUCCAGGCUGAAGAGAAGCCCGUUAAAUCCUACACUAUGGUUCAGGAGCCUGACCGCCCGCAACAGAAAGACACUGCAAGAGAAUUCCCACCAUUUGACCUCCAAGCAAUGCCCUCAGAAUCCAAACAGAAACACGAUCGACUCCUUACUACAGAUCAUCCUGUAUCAUCGCCAGAAACUGGUUCUGACAUCACGCGUCCUUCUUUAUCUGUUAUAUUCAAACUUGCAUUUACUGAGGAAACGUACCACUACAGCAUAGCCAUACUUGUACUUCUGCUACUAAUAUUACUUUCCUUGUAUUUUCUUUGA